AUGUUGUAUAUAUACUAUACUCUCUUCUUACUUCUUGAAGCUUGUGCCAUUCGUCAAAACCCGUCUUAUGUCAUGACUAAUUAUCGUAGCAUGAUGAUGGGGUGGACUAACACUUAUAUGACUGCUGUAGACCCACCUACAAUACCACCUGGACUCAGUCAAUUCAGACAUUCUCAAAACUGGAACACCAAUUUGAUAAACAAAGACUCUUUUGUUCUUAAAAUUAACACAGUGCCGUACACAGAAUCUAACUUAUUUUCUGGUAAAAACAGUAUCGACUAUCCGGGGUACUACUCCCAUAUUAUCACUGCUUACAAUAACACAGAACUUCCUCUUAAAAUAACUAAAAAGUAUUUUUUUGAAGCUGAACAAGACACAUUACUUGAGAAUGUAAUUAUUGAAAAUACAUCCCCUGAAGAUAUCACUGUUGAAUACUUUCAAUACACUGACUACCCCGUCUCUAUUCAAAGCACAGAGAUUUAUGCAGGUGGUAUAGUACAGUACUCCGAUUAUGUAGUUAUAACAGGUAUGCUGGAAAAGGCUGAUUAUGCUGAUAUUGGCUCCAGUGAAAGCAACACCCCUCUUUCAAGAUUCAUCAAUUCGGAGGAUCUUAAAGAAACGUCUUAUCUUGGCAAUAAUGCACAGAUUGGGUUAAAUAAAAAGAUGCUCAUAGAAAAAGGUACAAAUGCAUCUUUCACAAUUUUCCGAUCGGUGACAUUAAACAUCAACGCCGCAAAAGACCUCCAAUCGUUUUACAAUACAACAAUUGAAGACUGCGAAAGCACAUUCACAAAAUACAUUGAUGAGAAGUUUAGAAAAUACAAACUUCCAGCAUUCAACACUCUGAAAGAAGAAAAGAUGUGGUAUUCCAGUGUCUUCACUUCUUUAUAUUCACAGAACCCAACUUUGGGGACUUUACUUGCAAGUUUCCACCCGGGAUAUGGAUGGAAGAUGUGGACGAGAGACGGCACAUUUGAAGCAAUGAUCUUAAUGGCUUUGGGUGAAACAGAAGGCGCCAAAAAGUACUUAGAAUUCAUGAUGACAGCAACACUCAACGACGAUGAAUAUUUCCAUUCAUGUUAUGAUUGGUUUACUGGCGGCCGUGCUUCGAUGCCAGAACCACAAAAUGAUGGGAUGGGUGUAGUGGCCUAUGCAUUGUAUUAUUAUUACACCAUAACAAAAGAUGUCGACUUUUUUAUGAAAACUGAGACUAAACGUCGAAUUCAAAAAAUAGAGAAAUUCUUGUUAUACUCCGAAUGGAAGAAUUUGGUCAAAGCUGACUACUCAAACUGGGAAGAAAGCAGUGACUCCUGGACGGGACUCGACACACCAAAAUGUUUCUGGGCCUUCACACAAAUCCAGGCGCAUCACGGGUUAUUAGCAUUAAGUAAAUUAGAGAAGGUCGUGUAUAAUAAUAUAAAGAAGGAGAAUGAACUCAUUCAAAGAGCAGAGAAGCUUGCAACUUCUUUUGAAAAACUAUUUUGGAAUGAAGAAAAAGGAUACUUCGUUGAAGCCAUAUGGCAAGACUCCAAAAAGCAGAAAGUUAUAUUAGAUUCUUCAACAGCAACUAUGGUCUUUUCUGGCAUUGUAAAAGACGAUGAGAAAGUAUUGAAACAUUUUGAACAAAUAAGAAAACAAUUGACUAAACUGACAUAUGGCAUGGCCAGGUACAGUUAUGAUACCUUCUUUUAUAGGAGUAGAUGGAGUAGCAAAGAGGUUGGAGAAGCUUGUCCACCAUGGGGAGUCACAACAAUGUUCAUGACCUGGGCUGAAAUGAUCUACGAUGAAAAGGACAAACAUGCAUAUUUGGCUCCAUAUAGAAUUCAGUGGAUGAUUGACCACUCGGGACCAGACUUCAUUCCAGCUGGAGAAGCAAUUGAUGGUGUUUCUGGUGAACCCGUGUUAAGUUCAAUGCCUGAUGUAUAUGAACAUGGUGGUGUAUACAUAUUAAGUGUUCUUCAAUACCAAAAGUUGAUCCCACUCUUCUCCUACAAUAAUUGGUAA